AUGUCUUAAAUUUUAGCAAAAUUAUUUUUGUUCUUAGUCUUUAUAAAGUAUAUUUCCGCAGAAGUGAAUUUUAAGUGGCUUAAUUAUGAUUAAACACUUAAAUAGUAAAAAAUUUUAAAUACCCAUUAAAUCUUUUAUGGAAAUUACUUGUUUGAUUAGUCCUCAGAUUCGUCAUCUACAAUUACUCAAUUUGCUUUGUCAGGAUGGUUUUGGCCAAGAAUAGAGCUUAAUAAUUAUUAUACUUUCUUUACUUUGAUGCAAAAUAGUGAUGAAUUACUGAGUAUUUAAUUUAACCCAUCAUAAAAAUAUUUAAGGCAGAAAACUUUGGGGACGUACAACUAAAUUAGACCCUCUAACAGUAUUGUGAAAGAUAACUGGAUUUUAAUAGUAACAUAACUCUCUUUUGAUGGAACAUAAAUAAAUGUAUAAACUUCUCUUCAUCAGGAUUUGCAAUAUUAAAUAUUUAAAAUUGGUCCUAAUUCAUAUCCAUACAAUAAACUUGUAUACAAGUAAAAUAUUAUUUUGCAAAUAGGUAACUCAUUUAACAUAGAUGGAUACUAUGAAUCUCUCGCAUAUAUAAAUAAUUUAUUUAUUUAUUGGAACAAUAAUAAUUUGUCUGAUGAUUAUUCCUACUCUAAUGACCUGACUGCUUAAUAGACUCAAUUGAUAUGGAAUUUAGAUUUUUUUUACACAAAAGCUAAUCCAAAUCAAUACUUUAACGUUGCAAAUUAAAUGAACAUUUAUACUAACGGUUAUCUAAGCACCUCUCCAGUUUUAUCUGUGCAAAUAAAUUCAGUAUUUAAAGCAGACUAUGUUAAUCUCUAAGAUUCAGGAGGCUUCACUAUUAGUUUUCACUUCAAAGUUUCCUCUCCCUUACCUCCGAGUGCUAUUUUACUGACUAUUUUUAAUUCAAGUUAAUAACUUUAAGUAACAAUUAAUAGCAUUCAAAACAGCAUAUGCUUGAAUGGUCAACCAAUAAACGGAGUUUCUUUGGCUAGCUGGAAUCAAGUUACAUUAAUUUUGAAAACAUAAAUAACUUAUAAAGCUUACCUAAUUGUUUAUGGGUAUGAAAGCCAAAUUUUGAUGCUGUAGCUGAAUAAAUUUUUAUAAGGAUAGGCGCAAUUUGGAGAUCAAUCAAAUACAUAAUCAAUUCAAUUCAGUCAUAUCAGAUACUACAAAGGAACUUUUCUUGUUUCUAAUUAGUAAAACUGCUUUCUUUAAGCUUCAAAUGAUAAUCAAUGCAUUAUAUGCAAAUCAGGCUAUUUUAUAAAUUAUUAAAGUACCUUAGGGUGUGAAAACCAAAAUUUACCAUCAAUAAAUGUAAAUAAGGAUAACAUUAUUGAUUGGAAUGAAAAUUUUUCAAAUUGUCCAUAAAACAUGGUUUACGAUGAAAAUACUUUAUAGUGUGUUUGCAUGAAAUAAUUUUAUUUAAGAUAAGAUAACACAUGUUAAAAAUGUCCAAAUUACUGUAAUCAAUGUACAAACGAAUAAACAUGUAAAAUUCAAGAUAUUAACCGAAAUAAAAAUGGAUUUUGCCCAGCUGGUUACUUUGAUGAUGGGUAUUCUUGCAUUAUUUAAAAGCUAAACAUUUAUAGACAAAAUAAUUUAGUUAGCUAAAUAUCAUCUUGCAAUUUUAAUCUUAAUAAUAGUCAAAUGAAAUUGAGUCAAUAAGGUCCUUACUCUUUCUACUUUAGUUUCUCUGUUGAAUUUUUAAUUCAAAAUGCAUACGGAAAAUUCGCUGUCCUUAAAGAUUCUAAUUCAGAAAUAUUUACUUUUUCUUAUAUUUUACAAAACGGCUUACCCUCAAUAUAGCUUUUAAUUUAAGGAAAUCCUGUAUAUACAGCAACUAUAAGAGUUGAAUAGCCAGUUUGGAUAUCUCUUUGGACUAAUCUCUAAUAAUUUUUUUUAUUAUCAAACACUUUUUCUAAAUUUUUUUAAGUAUCUAAAGCUAUAAACACCAAUUUAAAAUUGACUAAUCCAAAAAUUUGCCUUGGAAACUGCGGACCUGGAUACUUAUGCAGCUAAUUUACUGACAAGCCUUUUAUAUUUAUCAGCAAUAUGACUAAUCCUGUUAAUGAUCCUAUUUCCCUAUAAACUUUUUUAUCAGAACCAGUUAUAAAUCUGGCUAAGUUUGAAGUUCAUUUAUAUUCAGACAUCUCUAAAAUUUUUAAUAACUUACUUACUCAAUAGGCUAGUUUGAAAUUGUAAUUUUAGCAACCACCAUAGUUUGAUAAAUUAAAAGGCUACAAAUUUAACAACUAAUUAUAUGCAAGCAUUUCAAACAUUAACAAUAAUAAUUAUUAUUGGAUUUCAUUUUACUGCACAAUAUUUCCUGUAGUUAUAAAUUAGCAAGUCUCACUUUUAUCUUAUGCUUUGAACUCAGCAAACAAUUUAUUAGGAUAAAAAGUAGAAUAUUUUUUAGUCCCAUUUGGAUAAAAAUUGUUGUUGAGAAUUUGCUAUCUUACUAAAUGCACUGACUCAAAGUAUUCUAUGUUAAACGUAAAUGAAAGUAAUAGUUUAUUUAUUUUUAUGAGAACAUAGAGUCCCUUUUCUUAAUCAUUUAAUUUUAUAGAAUUUGAUGUAGUUUGCAAUUAUUAAAGAGAAUAAAUUUAAUUUGUUAACACAAUUGUAAGUUUUACCUUAAGCUCAAUAAAUUUAAACAUAGGCUUGUAGUUGCUUAAUACAGCUGAUUAUCUGUUUUAUCUAAAUUUGAUUAACAUCGACAAAGGUGAUGGAUUGUAUUAUUUUGAUUAUAAUCUUGAAGAACCUUGCUUUAUUUUCAGUGAUAUACAAUCUAUGACUUGCCUAUAUUACAAAAACAGAACGGUAACUUAUAACAACAAUUAAAUUAGUGAAGCUGAAUGUCUUAAUUUAACAUAGCAGUUAGGAUAAACGUUUUUAGUUAAUUAGUAAACAAGAGAAUGCUUAAACAUAAAUAAACUAUUUUAAAAUUGCUAAAUUGUCGAUUAUAUAAAUAAUACAUUUUAAUGUUUACAAUGUGCAAGCUUAUAUUCAGAUCUUUAAAACAAUUGUCAAUGUAUUGAUGGCUAUUAUAUGGAUAGUGACACUAAGACUUGUCAUAAAUGUCUUCCAUAAUGUAAAACUUGCUCUGGAAAAAGAGAUAAUUGUACAUAAUGUCAUAGUUCAAACUAGCUAACUCCUUCUUGCUAGUGUGCUGAUUCUAGCUAUUUCUUAAACUAGCAAUAUUAGUGCUAAAAAUGCUCAGAAAAAUGUAACUCUUGUGUCAUGAAUGAAAACUAUUGCACCACUUGUUCUUAAAAUAGAAAAAAUCCUCCUUAAUGUGAAUGCGAUUACUAAAAUUAUUAAGAAAUAUAAAAUACUUGUGUUAAGUUGCAAUGUGAUCCAAAUUGCGAUUAAUGCAUAUUUGACACUUCCUUGAGCUAAAUUGUAUGUAUAAAAUGCAAAUCAGGAAGAACUGAUCCACCAUUUUGCAGCUGUAUGCCCAGUUAUAAAGAUAACAAAGAUGGUACUUGCUCUGAGUGCCCUUUAUAAUCCUAUUAUGAUUAAAAAAUAGGUGAUUGUAUUCGUUGCUCUUUCCCAUGCUUAUAAUGUAAAAACUCUAAAGACAAUUGUACUUAAUGUAUAGAUGGACUUUAAAUGGUAGAAAACACUUGUAGUUGCUAAAAUGGAUUAGAAAUUUAAUAUAUUUAAGGAAAUAGUGGCAAUUAAAAGUAUGCUUGCAGGCAAUCGAUGCAAGUCAAAUUAUCAACAAAGCUUUAAAACUCAAUUUACUAUCUUAUUUUUACUUUCGACUACCCCCUAAAAUCAAUAGAUUUUGAAAAUGAAAAUAUCAAAAAUCUAAUUUAUAUUUCUCUCUCAGAAAUCCCAUAAGCAUUUUACUCAAUAACUAACCCAAUAAUAAAAGAAAAUUAAUUAAUUUUAUAGCUAAAUGUGCUAUAAAAUAUUAAUGUAAUCAACGGACAAGCUCUUUUUCUCGAAACAAACAAAUUUCUUAGUGAUGAUAAUAGUUAUAUCUUAAGCUCGUAUUAUUAGAAACAUCCCAUUUAAUUCUAAAUUGGUCCAAUUUUAUUUCAAGAAAACAUUUUCAAUAUAAAUUUUAGCAUGAUUCUUAGUGAAAUAAAAAUGGAGUCUAACUAAAACAUAGUAAAUGCAAUUCAAUCAACUCAAUUUAUCUUUUAUUUAUUGAAUACAGUUCAGCCGAUGAAUCUUUUUCUACUUCUCAAUUUAAAUUUUCCUCCAAACUUAUAUAUGUUCUAUUAAAUAGCUGGUACUUUCACAUACCCAGAUGUAGUGGAUUAUUCAUCUACUGAUUAUAAAUAAUCCUAUUCUCUAUUUGGAUAUAAAUUCAAUUAGACAGAAGUCCACAUAAUAAACGAUUAACUCUAUAAAAGAAUAGGAAUAUCAAAUAGUUUUUUAGUAAAUGCACCUAUAAUUAUCCUAAAUUUCAUAAAAAGGAAUAGAUAGAUUAUAAUCAUUUUAGAAAAUUUUACUACAAAGAAUAAAUGCUGA